CAGAGGAAAUAUAAAAUAAAGGUGAAAGAAGAAGAAGAAGAAGAAAUUAAAGAAAGAAAUGGCAAAAGACCAAUUAGAAGUGUUAACUGCACUUGAUGUAGCUAAAACACAAUGGUACCAUUUCACAGCAAUCGUAAUUGCUGGAAUGGGAUUCUUCACUGAUGCAUAUGAUUUAUUUUGUAUAUCUCUCGUCACAAAAUUACUUGGACGUAUAUAUUAUCAUGUUGAUAAUUCACCAAAGCCAGGGUCUUUGCCUCCAAAUGUUGCUGCUGCUGUUAAUGGUGUAGCAUUUUGUGGAACAUUAGCAGGCCAACUCUUCUUUGGUUGGUUGGGUGACAAAAUGGGAAGAAAAAGAGUCUAUGGCAUGACUUUAAUGCUUAUGGUUGUAUGUUCUAUAGGCUCAGGCCUUUCCUUUGGCCACAAUUCACAAUCUGUCAUGACUACUCUUUGCUUCUUUCGCUUUUGGCUUGGGUUCGGUAUCGGUGGCGAUUACCCUCUUUCCGCGACGAUCAUGUCAGAAUACUCGAAUAAGAAGACUCGUGGUGCAUUCAUUGCUGCGGUGUUUGCUAUGCAGGGGUUUGGAAUUUUGGGUGGAGGUAUAUUUGCCAUUAUCAUCUCUUUGGCAUUUGAAGCCAAGUUUAAUGCUCCACCCUAUGCAGUUGACCCGAUUAAAUCAACUGUGCCACAAGCAGAUUACAUUUGGAGGAUAGUUCUAAUGGUUGGAGCUAUUCCUGCUGCUCUUACUUAUUAUUGGAGGAUGAAAAUGCCUGAAACGGCACGAUACACGGCUCUUGUAGCGAAAGAUACAACUCAAGCUCCAUCUGAUAUGUCAAAAGUUCUACAAAUGGAUAUUGAAGCAGAAGCACAAAAGCCUGCUCCUCAAAUGGAAAGUGCAAGUGCAAGUGCAAGUGUAAGUGCAUAUGGCUUGUUCUCCAAAGAGUUUCUCCGUCGCCAUGGAACUCACUUACUUGGAACUUCAAGUAUUUGGUUUUUACUUGAUGUUGCAUUUUAGUUUCAAAAAGAUAUUUUUAGUGCAAUUGGAUGGAUUCCUCCAGCAGCCACAAUGAAUGCACUUGAAGAAGUUUUCAGAAUAGCAAGGGCUCAAACACUCAUUGCUCUUUGUAGUACUGUCCCUGGCUAUUGGUUCACAGUGGCUUUCAUUCACAAAAUGGGAAGAUUUCCCAUUCAACUCAUGGGAUUCUUCUUCAUGACAGUCUUUAUGUUUGCUUUAGCCAUUCCUUACCAUCAUUGGACUCUAAAGGACAAUCGGAUUGGCUUUGUUGUCCUCUACUCACUAACGUUCUUCUUCGCAAAUUUCGGACCGAAUGCAACCACUUUCGUUGUCCCAGCUGAAAUCUUUCCAGCACGAUUCCGUUCUACUUGCCACGGUAUAUCAUCAGCAUCUGGGAAGCUUGGAGCUAUGGUGGGUGCAUUUGGUUUUCUAUAUUUGGCUCAAAACCAAGAAAAGAACAAAACUGAUGCAGGAUAUCCUCCUGGUAUUGGUGUUAAAAACUCGCUUUUAUUGUUGGGUGGACUUAACUUUUUGGGAAUUCUGUUUACUUUUCUUGUACCUGAAGCAAAGGGAAAAUCGUUGGAAGAGAUGUCAGGCGAGAAUGAAGAUGGAACCAUUGGAGAAUUGGGAGGCCAACCAUCUACCAAUGAUACAGUUUCACAUGUUUAAAGAUUCAAUCUAUAGGAUCAUUAUUAGAAUAACACUUUAUGAUCAUUUGAGUUGAAGACUUAUAUAUUUCUUUAUCAAUUCCGUUUCUUUGAGACAUGUAGUAACUUCAUCAGAAAUUUUGUGUUCUAUCUGAUAGUAUGAUAUUGAAGUAAUUUUAAAAA